AUGGCUCCAUCUCUCGUGCGCCCCCAGGGCCACCUGUCCCCGGCUGAGGCUCUGGAGCUCGCUCAGAAGGCCCCAAUGAUUCUUCGAAAUAACCCAAAGGCGUUUUCUUCAUCGCCCCUGGUCUCACUGUUCUCGGCAUCCGAGACCCCGGAAAUAUGGAUCAUUUACGAAAAUCUCCUGUUGGCCUGCCUUCGCACAGGCGACGGCCAAGCGGCACACCACUGCCUGGAGAGGCUGGUCAUCAGAUUCGGAGACGACAACGAGCGCAUAAUGGCAUUCAAGGGCCUCGUGAAGGAGGCGGAGGCCGACAACGACGGAGAACUGGUCCAAGUGCUCAAGGAGUACGAGACGAUCCUGGGACAGAAUGCCACAAACAUUCCGGUCGCCAAACGUCGUGUGGCGCUGCUCAAGUCAACAGGAAAGAUCUCAGAAGCUAUCAGCGCAUUGAACUCGCUUCUCGACUUCUCGCCUACAGACGCGGAGGCCUGGGCGGAACUCGCAGACCUGUACCUCUCCCAGGGACUCUACGCACAAGCUAUUUUCGCGCUUGAGGAGGUAUUGGUGCUGACUCCAAAUGCAUGGAAUAUACAUGCCCGCAUGGGAGAGGUGUUGUACAUGGCUGCUUCAGCCUCGGACGGCUCUUCGCAGCAGCAACUAGCCGAAUCUGUCAAGAGGUUCGCCCGCAGUAUCGAACUAUGUGACGACUACCUGCGGGGUUACUAUGGCUUGAAACUGGCGACAAACAAACUUCUAAAGGAGCCCUCGAAGCCUUCGAGGCAAAUAGAUGUUGAUGAUCGGGCUGUCCCCGACACUAACACAGUGCAAAAGCUCAAUGAGGUGGCCACGCAGAAAUUGGCCGAGAUUGUGCGCCGCAACAGCGCGAAGGACAGAUUAUGGCAAGGUUACGACGAAUCAGAAGUGGCAGCGGCGCGCGACCUGCUCUCCAAAGAGUCGGUUGAGCUCGUGAGAUGA